UUGAAUUUUGAAGUUUGCGCUCUCACUCUCUCCUUCAUUCUAUCUUGUUUGCUUUUAACCUUCCAAGAUCUUUCCAAACGUGUACCACAAGUUUGAAUUUGCAUUUGCGAUUCCCAACCUUUAUCGCAGAAUCAUCAGUCAUUUGCAGAUAUGGCGUCUGGUUACAUUGCACGUUUCAUCUUCUUCGUGAUUUUGAUUUCUUUGGCAGAUUCCUCACAUGUGAAGGACCUACACAAGACCUUGAACUACUCACCGGUGCUCCAAGGAUGGAAAGGAGUUGGAGGCUUGCUCCACAAUCUACAAAACUUGCAACAUCUUGAUGUCUGCUCUAACAACAUAGUGGGUGUGAUACCAAUACCAUUCCGUCUGCCUCCCAAUGCCACACAUAUGAACAUGGCUUGCUGCAUCUAUUUGUGCAAAAAUAUCCGUCAGUCAUUAUCAACAACGAAGAAACUAAGGCAUCUGAAUUUAAGUCACACUUUCUUAUUUGGACCCAUUGGCAAUGUGUUCACUGGCUUAGAUAACCUGGAAGAAAUUGAUGUCAGCUCUCACAACAUAGUGGGUGUGAUACCAAUACCAUACAGUCUGCUUCCCAAUUCCACUCAUAUGAACAUGGCUUGCUGCAUCUAUUUGAGCAAAAAUAUCUCCCAUUCUUUAUCAACAACGAAGAAACUAAGGCAUCUGAAUUUAAGCCACAAUUUCUUGUUUGGACUCGUUGGCAAUGUGUUCACUGGCUUAGAUAACCUGGAAAAAAUGAACAUUCAACAGAAUCUGUUUAGUGGUAUUCUUCCAGAAAAUGUCCAGACCAUACCAAACUUAUGGAUUGGAGGGAGUAAGUUAUAUCCAUUGGGUGACUCUCCUCUCUGGGAAUUUCCUUUUGAAUAUGUUAUAGUUGAGCACAGUAGCAGUUGCCCACACACAACUCAGGCAAAUGCCAAUGAAAACUUUGUGAGAAAACAUGAGAAGAUCCCCAUGGGUCGUGGAGGAAUAGCUUUUAUGGUUGACGGAGGAACAUUAUUGGCAAAAGGAUUCACCUUAUUAUUGGAAACAGGAUUCGCCUUCUUCAUUCUAAUUCAUUUUAAUAAAUUGCUGUUGAGGCUGAGGAGCUUUGGAAGCAGUCAUAUUACACUGGUGUCUCAUCCUGUUUAUGCAGCCGAAGAUGAUCAAGUUAGAAUGUAUUUGAACAAGAGAUCAAGCCAUACAAAGUUACUCAUGCUAAAGGCUAUGCAGCAAGGUCGUCGUAAAAAACGAAAGACAACCAAGGCAGAAAGUAGUGGAGGAAGAAGUGCUGAAAACACACCAGCUGUGCCAAGAAAAAAGGCAGUUUUAAUUGGGGUGAUGUAUUACAAGUUUGGAGAAGAUAGACUGUUGCAUACCUUAGAUGAAGUCGAAGGGAUGAAAACAAUUUUAAUGGAAAACUUCAAUUUCAUAGACCAAGAUAUCACGAUACUGUGUGACACCAACAAGUAUACGCAUCCAACAAAAGUGGCAAUUCAAAGACAACUAACAUUGUUAGUUGAAGAAGCUAAUGCACAAGAUAUACUUUUUGUGUAUAUAGCGGGACAUUCCAUUGAGUUUGAAGUUGAUAAAUUUGGAAUUUGGACUUCCGAUUCUAAAUUUAUAACGGAUCAUUUUUUGUCUACAAAAUUCAUGCCGAAAGUGCCGCUGGAAGCGACACUAACAGUGAUGAUCAACACUUGCUUUGCCGGGAAUUUUAUGAAAGGUGCAAUACAAAGCGUAAACGUGGUAGUCUUUCCACUUAGUGAAUCUCAUGAAGUCACCUUCGAUGGACAUAUAUAUUAUGAAGUUCUCAGUGGAAUACUCGAAGGAGAAACUUCAACCAACAUCAAGGUUUAUAGACAACUUAAGAAGGCUGUGUGUGCUUUAGUUAUAAUGGGAUAUGAUGGUCUUCCAGUCUACUGCCCAGAAAGAACUACUAGAACCAGAAACAUCAUAUACCAACCAAUUAACGGUGUCACUCACAGAUAUUCCCACUCCACGUAAGCGGCAACAAUACGGGAUGUUUUGGAUCUUUGUCCAAUAAUUAGUACCGAAAGUAUGGGUAUUAAUGUUAAUUUGUCUAUUAAUAUCCAAAGAAACAGCGACAAUCUUAUAGUUAUCGGUGAAACGAUGAUACACUAGGGUAUAAUUGGUUUGUAAAUAGUGAUUUAGUGGUGGGUUUUCCAAAGGAGGCAAUAACUUAAACUUUCUAAUGGAAGGGUUAAAUAAAAGAGCUGACGAUUCAUCAAUCCCAAAACAGAAGAUGCCGUGACGGUAGGAAACUCCCCCAAAACUGCGUCCUCUAUUAGGAGUCAGAGGGUAGUUUAGGGGCGUAGCAGUAAUAGUGGAAAGGUUGUUGUUGAAAAUAGAAGAGAUUAAAAUAUCAGAUAGAAGGAACUCACGUGAGGCGGAGGGUCUAGGAGUUAGGAUGAGGUGGAGGCGGUCGUGAAUUGUGGUUGACAAGCGAAAGUGCUUCUUUUGAAAUUCGGAAUCAUGAGAGAUGAGAUAAUUCCAUGACUUGCAGACGCAACAGAAUUGGAGGAGGAAUUUCACAGGGAUCCAACAUAGAAUUUCUGUAACAAGAUCGAACGGAAGUGACGGCGCGUCAAUUGAAUUGUCUGGAGUUGUGGAUGAGGAAGAGAUUUGUG